AUGAGACUCAUCUUCGUCUUCUCUCUUCUGGCCGCCAAUGUGCUUGCCUUCGAGAGCAACACUGCCAAUCUUCCAGAUGUUGCGCUGUUGGUGAAACGUCAAGACGGUGGCAGUGGCAAUUCCAGCUUCACUUCCGUCGCUGCAGCUACCACAACUGCUGCGGAUACCACAACUACUGCAGCUGCUACGUCCAUUUCGACUACGUCUGUUGCUCCAACAACUACCGCUGAACCAACAUCGGUGGCUCCAACAACUUCAUCCACCAGCAGUGCAACUUCAACAUCGCUUCCACCUUCUGUUGUGACCACGACCUCGACAUCAACCGAGCCGCCUGCCAGCACUUCGUCUAGCUCAACUUCUACCUCAUCUACAUCUGAGCCCCCCGCAACAACAUCAGCAACGACAACUUCAGAGCCUGCUUCGUCAUCUACUUCAUCAUCAACAUCAACAACCUCAACUACAUCGACUUCCGCCCCCUCAACAACAUUCACAUCUACAACAAGCAGGCAUGCAUCGACCACAUCAUUCUUAACAUCCACCUACCAGUCAACCACCACCCUUCCCAACGGCAGCCUCAGCACCGUAACCGCCGUCACCGUCGUCGUCGCCACAGGCGCUGCUGACACGACCGGUACCUCCACGACUAGCGCAUCUUCAACCGCUCACUUGCAGACCGGUGGUGCUGCUUCCCCUUCUCGUGGAGUGGCCAUGGGCAUGUGUGCUAUGAUUGCUGGAGCGGCUGCUUUUGCCAUUUCGUUCUAG